UAGAAGUUAGAUGACAUAAGGAAGUGGCAGCUCUCUAAAAACAGUUUUAAUCACCUAAGGAGCAGGCGGUCGGUAAGAAAUGGCAAGGCUCCGAGGAGGCUGAUGGGCAGGGGCUGGGGCGAGAGGAGCAGCGAAAUGCGGGGGGCAGCUGGAUUCCUCCAGCCCGUGCUGACACUGGGGGAGAGCAGAUCACACCCAGACAGAGCCUCCAGGAGAGGGAGGAGAGCAGGAAAGAAAAUGUCAGAAAACCCAGAGGAACAGGAGCAGGAACUGCUGCCGGCCCCAGGUGCGUCCUUCCCCAAUCUGCCAUGGGAAAGAAGAAGCGUGACCGUCGGCGGAGGCAGGGACGGGAGGGAAGAGGGGAACACCAGCACUUGUGGUUUUCAGAGGAGACAUUCACAAGUGCAUUUGUGUAACUUCGGGUGUGGGAAAAGUACAGGCGGGCGAGUGCCUCAAUGAGCAAAUGAGCUGGAGAGCACGUAAACCCGAACUUGGGGCUUUGAUGCAAGCCCAGGCGAGCAUUUGGUUCCCAGCUCGGCAUGCGGGCAGGAGCUGCUGCAGCUGGGCCAGGGCCGGGCCUGCCGGUGCCUCCGCGGGAGGGACUCAGAGACCGGAGCCGGGGCUGCGGAGAAGUUGCUCUCGUGCUGCUACUGGGAUCGAUAUUCAGGCACAUUUAAUCCAUUUCCUGUUUUUCUGAGCUGGGGGAAGUGGGACAGGCGGAUGAUCCGAACUCAAGAAGCAGUCAUCAGGAACGGGGUUAGGGAAGUCAGCACGGAGAAGUGCAGAGGGGGCGGGUGGUAACGCGGUCACCGCUCCCAUCGGGAGGACCUGCACCCCCGGCACAGGCAGCCCCCACGGGCAGGGGACAAGCUGGUCCCGCUGGCGAGCUCCUACCCGCCCGUUAGGGGUGGCACCGAAGCGCAGGGCCCUGUGCAGGGCUCACCUUUUGCACCAAACGGUGGGGUUAAAUCACCCUGCACCAGCCUGGUGGCACUGGGUCGGCACUGGGACUUGUGCCGGCACCGUGAGGCAAGCACCAUCCCCGGCCCUGCUGCCUGCUCAUCUCCCCGGCCACGAGCAGCUCCUGCCUGCCCAGCUGCUGCUGUGCUGGCGCAGCCGGGAGGGACAACCAAGUUCUGCUGAUUUUCCUUCCCCUGCCUUCAGUGCAGCUGUGCAGCGGGGGCCGAGCAGCGCGCUGCGGGACGGGGCCCUGGGGGCCGGGGCUGGCAGCAGCUCCCUGGGGAGGAGAGGGUCCGGCUGUGCCCACAGGGAGCAUCCGAGCAUCCCUGGAAGGGGCUGGGAAUGCCUGGCCCAGCCUUGCCAGGCUGUCGGGAGGCAGCGCGAACAGCCCGCUCUGCAAGGCCUUCGAGAAGGCUGAAGAGGGAAGUGAGAGCAAGGAAGUGAAACAAAAGCAUUUGUCUGAUCCCCCACUUCCCUCUCGGCGCGCUGUUUGUGCAGCUGCCUCAGCAGCUCUGCUGACUGGUGUGGCCUUGCUCUCCUUUGAAUAGCAAAGCUCGGUCUUAUGCACAAGGGCUUGAACGUUUGACAGAGCAAACGCAAAGGUUUGUGUACCGCACACACAGCUUGUGCUUUUGCCCUGGAACCCCGGAGGAGCGGCGCUCGUCCCCUGUCUCGGAGUGCUGCAGAUAGGAAUCUGUGAUUUACUUUAUUCUGAAGGCCUCUGUCUUAGGGCUGUUGUUUUGUUUUUUCCUGGUUUUGGUUUUGCUAUUUAAACACACGAGUGCUGGUCUCAGGAGCACGUGCGUGUGCGUCAGCCGCUCAGCCUCUGCCUCGUGGUGCUGUACUCGGAGGCAGAGCUGUCCCGGCGGCCGGCGCUGUCCCGGCACGGUGCCACACCAGCACGGUGCCACACCAGCACGGUGCCUGCACGCCGGCACUGCCGGGGCACCGGGAGGCCCCGGUUUCUGCCCUGAGCCGAGCGGCAUGAGCACAGCACAGCUGCAGAACACGGCCAGAGGAGAUGGGUGGCAUUCAUUGUCCCAAGUGAUAAAUGGCUGUGGAGAAAUUGCCCCUUGGAGAAAGCAGGAUCCUAAGGGGACUGGAAGAGACGUCCAGUCCAUGUGGGAAAUAGAAAUUGCUGCACUGGCCCCCAAAUGAGGAAGAAAACAAAAAGAAAAACGGAUCAGAACAGCUUUUCCUGCUUUCCGGUCUCCCUGGCUCCUCUUGCCAGCGCUGAGGGAAGGGACCCUGGCUUUCCUGCCCAGACCGGGGCCCUGGGGAGCUGCCUCUUGUUUUUAGCUUCCUUACUUGGAGCAGGAAUUGCAUUAGCAGGUCUCGAAGCCAGCAGCACUGCGCCCAUGUUCCUUCCGGGAAGCUGCUGUCAUUCCAAGCCCCGGCUUCGUGCUUCCUGCCGCUGCGCCCUCCGGCCAGCCCAGCCCCACGGCUCGGCAGGGGGCUGCUGAGCACGGCGUGACCGGGGAAAUUGGAGCAGGGAGCACGGAAGUGAGAAUCCCUCCUGUCCGCGCAAAAAGGCAGGGGAUGUUUUUGCAGGGCCAUGACAGCAUAGGCAGCGGUGAGACAUGGAUCGUUUCACCGAGUGUGGGACCCAGACGGACGCCGUGGUGGUGCUCUCCCUGGCACAGGCGGCGGUGCUGGGCUUGGUGUCCGACAAUGAGCUGCUCGGGGCCACCGUCAGCCCCGCCGGCUUCUUCCCGGGGCUGGGAGGAGAACUGCCUGAGGCGGCGGGAGUGGAGCCCGAGGAGCCGGAGGGCGAUGGGCAGGCAGCAGGGGACGGGCAGGAGGAGGAAGCCCUGGAGGCUGAGUCCUCCUUGGAGAAGCAUGCCCGGAGGAGGAAGCGGCCUCCUGUGAGGCUGGUGCCCAAGGUCAAGCGCGAGAAGGCCGAGGUGGAGGAGGAGGUGGUGUACGAAGUGUCCGUCCCCGGGGAAGACAAGGGCGAGCUGCAGCACAAGCUCCCGCCCGCCUUCCCGGACCCCAGCCAGGAGAAGACGGUGCAGAGCAGCGCCGUGAAGAUGAUCGACCUCAGCUCCUUCAGCAGGAAGCCCCGCCGCCUGCGGCACCUGCGCCGGCACACGCGCCAGUCCUCGGAGAGCUACGAGCCGCACCACGGCGAGCCUGACCCCGCGGGCACGGCGGAGGGCAGCACCGCCGGCACCCCGCAGACCGAGUGCGCCUUCGAGGGGAGCGCCCCGUCCCCCGGCGAGGCCGAGGCACCUGCGUCCCCCGAGCAGGUGAAGAGCGAGCAGGGCUUCUCGUGGCAGGAGCCCGGGGAGCUCGAGGGGGACGCGGCGGGCGCCAACAGCGAGCGCAACAAGAAGGCGCAGCUGGACCGGCUGGACAUCAACGUGCAGAUCGACGACUCCUACCUGGUGGAGGCGGGGGACCGCCAGAAGCGCUGGCAGUGCCGCAUGUGCGAGAAGUCCUACACCUCCAAGUACAACCUGGUGACCCACAUCCUGGGCCACAACGGCAUCAAGCCGCACUCCUGCCCGCACUGCAACAAGCUGUUCAAGCAGCCCAGCCACCUGCAGACCCACCUGCUGACCCACCAGGGCACGCGGCCGCACAAGUGCGAGGUGUGCAGCAAGGCGUUCACGCAGACCAGCCACCUGAAGCGGCACAUGCUGCUGCACACCGACAUCAAGCCCUACAGCUGCCGCUUCUGCGGCAGGGGCUUCGCCUACCCCAGCGAGCUGAAGGCGCACGAGGUGAAGCACGAGAGCGGCCGCUGCCACGUCUGCGUGGAGUGCGGGCUGGACUUCUCCACGCUCACCCAGCUGAAGCGGCACCUCGCCACGCACCAGGGCCCCACGCUCUACCAGUGCCUGGAGUGCAGCAAGUCCUUCCACUACCGCAGCCAGCUGCAGAACCACAUGCUGAAGCACCAGAACGUCCGGCCCUUCGUCUGCACCGAGUGCGGCAUGGAGUUCAGCCAGAUCCACCACCUCAAGCAGCACUCGCUCACACACAAGGAGGCUCUGCUCGGGAUCCCCCCGUGUGCCCCGGCCGGCAGGGCGCAGCCGGAGCUGCCGCAGCAGAGCCCUGCCCGCGCUCACCCCGUGCUGCAACCCCUCCAGGGCGUGAAGGAGUUCAAGUGCGAGGUGUGCGGCCGGGAGUUCACCCUGCAGGCCAACAUGAAGCGCCACAUGCUCAUCCACACCAGCGUCCGUCCGUACCAGUGCCACAUCUGCUUCAAGACGUUUGUGCAGAAGCAGACGCUCAAGACCCACAUGAUUGUGCACUCACCGGUGAAGCCGUUCAAAUGCAAGGUUUGUGGGAAGUCCUUUAACCGCAUGUACAACCUGCUGGGCCACAUGCACCUGCACGCUGGCAGCAAGCCCUUCAAGUGUCCCUACUGCUCCAGCAAGUUCAACCUGAAGGGCAACCUGAGCCGGCACAUGAAGGUCAAGCACGGGGUGAUGGACAUCAGCCUGGACAGCCAAGACCCCAUGAUGGACCUGGCCGGGGCUGAGCACGCCGAGCUGGACGGCCAGCAGGAGAUGGAAGACUUCGAGGAGGAGAACUCUUACGGCUACGGAGGGGUCGGCAACCCCCCGGACGAGAGCGCACUGGCGGAGCAGGCCAUGAAGGAGAUGGCGUACUACAACAUGUUGUAGCCAAGCGGGGGGGCGGCCGGCCCGCAGCAGGCUGGAGGAGGGCGGCCACCAGCCUGCGUGGACCUUGAGUGGUAAGAGGAGCUGCUGCUGCCCGGGGGCUCGGCGCCCAAGCAGACCCGCUGGAGAGGGGCAGGCUGCAGCCGGGCAGAGACGGGGAUGUCCUGCAGGCUGUGCUGGGUGGAGGCUGGAGGUGCUGCAGGGCAGUGGUCGCUGCUUGCCUCAGGCACUUGGAGCCAGGCGUGCCAAGCCGACGAGGCUCCUGUGCACUUUGAGAGCUGCAGAAGCCUGGGCAAGCUCUUGCCACCAACAGGGGCUGUUCCUACUCGGGGCCCCGUCUCCCCCCAGCUGCCCUGGAGAAGGAGCUCCCAAGCUGCACACAGCUCCCCUGCCCAGCGCCGUCCUGCCCGUCCUCCUGCCCAUCCUCCUGCCCUCCCACCCGCCCCGCUGCGGGGUGGGAAGCCAGGACCCUGCCCCAAUCUUCCCCUUGCCUGGAGCCCAGCACCCAGCGCACUCCGAGCUGCGGGCAGGGGAGGGCACAUCCCAGAAGACGACGAGCAUUAUUUGUGAUUCUACCUCCUGGGUCCUCCCUGCUCGGCUGCACCGCCAGCCCAGCACCCCCCACGCGCCCAGCAGCGCAGGAGCCCCUCUGCCUGCAGGAAGCCCGGGGGAAGGCGGCUGUGCCGCAGCGCCCGCUCAGCCCCGGCUCCUCGGCAGGGAGAGCCGUUCUGGCAUCAGCUGCGAGCUGGUACGGGCAAAGCUGUGGCAAGCCAAGAGAGGCCACAGGGCACAUACAAAACAGAAUAUUUUCUUACAAACUAAUUGCAAAGCUCAGUGGAAGCAGCAGCUCUGAGUAUAGAGCAGCUUUAGCGAGCGAUGUAUUUAAAGGAAGGCAAACCCUGUUCAACUUGAGCAAAUGAUGGUAUUUUGAAAGUAAUUUAUUUUUUUCAGAUGUGCCGCGUGGUUGGAUUUAUCUUUUCACUGAGUUCAGUUUCCUUCAACCAAUGUUCUUUGUAAACCUG